GGCAGCCCGGGUCCGGCUGGGAAGCUGCUGAGGAGGAAGGAAGGGACCGCACGCUGCAGCCCCUGGGCCAGGCACUGGCAGGGGGCGCCAAGCGGAGCAGUGGCCGGCUGGAGGAACCUUCGGGCUGCGAGGGCGCGAGCCCUCCUCCACCAGGCGGAGGCUCCGUCAAGCUCCUUCACCCCACAGCCUCUGAGGAGCGCUCCUCUGGCUCCGGCUUCACAGCUCAGGGCGCCGCUGUUGGGGGUUCCUGGAAGAUUAGGGCACUUUGAAGACAGAAGACCAGGUCCCGGGAGAGCCUGCAGGCCUGGGCUGUGCUCGGCCACUCGGCCGCCCUGUGACCUUGGCCACCUUAGACAGCCUUCCAGCACCUUGCUCUCCUCCCCUGUAAAAUGGGGACAGCAGUCAUACUGACCUGAGAGCAUUUCUCGAUUGCUGAAGGAGGAAGUUUGGCACCUGGCACACUCUUGGAAACAGCUCCCUGUGGUGCUGAGUCUGGAGUCCCCAUGGCCUCGCUGAGCAGAGCCCUGCGUGUGGCCGCCACAUGCCCUCGCUGGAGCCGGACGCGGGGCCUGGGGCUGCGCGCCCUGACCGGCCAGGCCGGCCCCACCGCCGAGAAGAGCGUGCCGUACCGGCAGACCCUGAAGGACCCCCAGGGCCCCUCGACGGUGGCCCGGGGCCCAAGCCAGCCCCUGCCCAGCACAGCCCACGUGGUGGUCAUCGGCGGGGGCAGCUUGGGCUGCCAGACCCUGUACCACCUGGCCAAGCUGGGCGUGAGCGGGGCAGUGCUGCUGGAGCGGGAGCGGCUGACCUCCGGGACCACCUGGCACACGGCAGGCCUGCUGUGGCAGCUUCGGCCCAGCGACGUGGAGGUGGAGCUUCUGGCCCACACCCGGCGUGUGGUGAGCCACGACCUGGAGGAGGAGACGGGGCUGCACACGGGCUGGAUCCAGAAUGGGGGCCUGUUCAUAGCAUCCAACCGGCAGCGUCUGGAUGAGUACAAAAGGCUCAUGUCGUUGGGCAAGGCGUAUGGCGUGGAGUCCCACGUGCUAAGCCCGGCCGAGACGAAGGCACUGUACCCGCUGAUGAACGUGGACGACCUGUAUGGGACCCUGUAUGUGCCGCAUGACGGUACGAUGGACCCGGCCGGCACGUGUACCGCCCUCACCAGGGCUGCUGCUGCCCGGGGAGCCCAGGUACCAAAGGCCGCCUGGCCCUGUGCCCCCCGCUCCUGGCCCCAGGAACCCCAAGAGCCCAAGGAAAGGAAACAGGUGCCAUUCUCUCUGCUGUGUGACCUUGGGCCGGGACAGCCUCUCUGAGACUUUUGAUCUGCC